AUGACAACACAGAAGGCGUUGGUGGAGGAAAUGAAAAGUGCAAUGGAGGGCGACUCCAAGAGAACCAGUCAGGUUCCAGAAGACCAGCAAGAUGCAGAUGAAAGCUCUGACAAGACUCCCAGCAAGGCUUCCAAAUCUCCACAGAAGAGCAACAAAAGGCCCAAGACUGUCCCAGUUAAAGUCAGUUUGCUUGAUGGCUCUGACUACGAGACUGCCGUUGAGAAAUUUGCCAAGGGCCAAACACUGCUGGAUAUGGUGUGUGGCCAUCUGAACCUGCUGGAGAGGGACUACUUUGGCUUGACGUUCCACGACCCCGACAAUGCCAAGCAUUGGUUGGAUCCGUCCAAGGAGAUUAAAAAGCAAAUUCGGGUUGGCUCCUGGAUUUUGGGAUUCGCUGUUAAAUUCUACCCCCCAGAUCCAUCAGUGCUGAUUGAAGACAUCACCAGGUACUACUUGUGCCUUCAGUUGAGGGACGACAUCCUGUCCGGUCGCCUGCCCUGUUCUUUUGUUACACAUGCCCUCUUGGGCUCUUAUACUGUUCAGGCUGAACUCGGUGACUAUGAGCCAGAAGAACAUGGGCCCGACUAUGUUGCAGACUUCCACUUUGCCCCUAACCAGACGCGAGAGUUGGAGGAAAGGGUGAUGGAGCUUCAUCGUAACUAUAGGGGAAUGAGUCCUGCAGAAGCAGAAGUGAAUUUCUUAGAAAAUGCCAAGAAGCUGUCAAUGUACGGGGUGGACCUACAUCAGGCUAAGGAUUCUGAGGGGAUUGACAUAAUGCUCGGCGUGAGUGCGAAUGGUCUGCUCAUUUAUCGAGACCGUCUAAGGAUCAACCGCUUUGCCUGGCCAAAGAUCCUAAAGAUCUCAUACAAGAGGAGCAACUUCUACAUCAAGAUCCGCCCUGGAGAGUAUGAACAGUUUGAGAGCACCAUUGGCUUCAAAUUGCCCAACCAUCGGGCCUCAAAGCGACUGUGGAAGGUUUGCAUUGAGCACCACACUUUCUUCAGGUUGGUCUCUCCAGAGCCACCACCAAAGGGCUUUUUGGUGAUUGGCUCUAAGUUCCGCUACAGUGGUCGCACUCAAGCCCAAACACGACAGGCCAGCGCUUUGAUUGACAGGCCAGCUCCUCUGUUUGACCGCUCUGUCAGCAAACGGUACCUGCUGUCCCGAAGUAUUGAUGGUGCCUCAACUUUAGGUAACAGUAUGGACCAGUUAUCUCAGCGAAGCUCGAGUGAGCGAACACAGUUCAUGUCCAGAGAAGACCUGGACCAAGAAGGCAGCCUGGACCUUGAUCAUGAUCACGACCACUAUCCGGACCAUGACCAAGACCAUGUGGCUGACACUGACCAGGACAUAGAGCCGCACCAAGGUCAAGAGCAAAUUCGUGCCGUGAGCAUCUCAGCAUGCAACAAAACUUUGGAACUCAAGGCAGAGGAAGCAGCCUCGCCUGUAGACCCGAAACCAGAGGUGGACAAGGAUCUGGCCAUGCCUCGGCCGAAGCAGGAGCAGUUCUUGGACAAGCCUGAAGAUGUUAUACAGAAACACCAGGCCAGUAUCAAUGAGCUUAAGAGAGCCUUGAGGCAGCCCAAUAGCAAGAUGACCCAGAGGGAGAAACGUGCUUGCUCAACUACUUCUCCUGGAGGAACCCCAGAGCGCAAACCUGCGCCCGGUGAAGCCAAUUUGAUUGACAAGCAGGAAGCGAAUGGACGAAUGCUGGAUUGUGUCUCUAAUGUGACUACAGACAUGUUGACGAUGGUACCAUGGGCUGAGGAAAAUGGGGGAACUUUGAAAUCUCGAACUGCAGUAUCUCCUAAAACCAAUUUACGAACAAGACCAAAAGCAAGAAGCCCCCUGGAUCAUCCUUCAGUCAAUAACAACGGCCAUGAUUCUUUAUUGACUAGGAAUUGCAUUCAUGAAAAUGGAUUCAGCUCCCCAAAGGAAAAACAAAAAAAUGAAACACUGAGCAGAGAUGUAAAGUGUUGCCAUUAUGAGGCUGAAGCGUUCUCGGAAAGUCUUGAUUCUGUCUCAAAGGGAAAAAGGGACUCGUUGUCAAAUGACACACAAAAAAUCGAACGCCUUAGUCCUGAAGAAUUACUGAAAGAUUUCAGCAAAACUUUAAAAUCUGACCAUGCUGAAUCCACCAAAGUGGUUCCUCUAAAGCCACGGAGAUCAAAAAAAUCUUUGAACAAAGAUACCGAAGGCUAUGUUCAAACUCUAAACCAGUCUGAGUGGAACCUCAUUGGAGAUUCGGGAUUAAUUCGAUCAGACAGUAAAUCCUGUGAAACAAGGAGAUUGGACGGUAAUGAUAGAUUGCACUCUGUCACAGAUGGAGUCAAUGAUAACUCAGUUGUAAAAUACCACAGCUGGGCCAGACAGUCGCAUCAUCAAGAAAAGGACCUCAGCGAAUCCAAGGGUGCAGCAAGUACAAUGCCAAGAAGUGGUGAGCAACAGGAAGUUGCUGAAAAUAUCACUGACUUUAACUCAGAGAAGCUCCUGUCUAGGUUGCCAACAGUUCCUCCACGAACACUUCCUCUUAAAAAGCAGUGGUGUAGGGAUCGCCACAGCAACACUGACUGCAGCCACAUCCACUACAGAAGCAACCAAGACGCCACCAAGAAAAAGCAAGCGGAGAACCCUCCGGCUCCUUCCAUUAAUGAGGAACCGCUCAGCGAUUCUUCGCGGGAGCUUUGGGAGAGGCGUCUGGGGUCAGUGUCCGAGGACGACCAAGACCACGAGACCUCUUACUUGAAGGAAACACACCUGGGCAUCGAGCGCAAAUGUUCCAGCAUCACUGUCAGCUCCACUUCCAGCUUGGAGGCUGAGGUCGACUUCACUGUCCUCACCGACUUGCAUACAGGGAUGGAGGAGUUCUCCCGUGGCAUGUCCGAGCUGGGCGAGCGGGACUUAUCGCCCGAUGGGGGGUUGCGCUUCGGUAUUGAUUUCCUCCAGCAACAAGGCCCAUCGGAGCCAUCGCCUCCUUUGGCAUCUGCAACUACUGUAUCCAAAGAAGCGAGCAGCAGUCCUCCAGCUAAACAUGUGCAGGCUGAAGAAAUCCGAAUGGAGCCCAAGCGGCCUGAUAUGCAGCCCGUAGUGCCUAAAAAGCCCAAGAGGUCAGUACCGGUGUCAUCUUCAAUGGACAAAGAGCAGUCACACAGGGAAACCAGUCGUGAGAGCGGAACCACGUCCCAGAGUCGGGAAGCCAGUGAUGUCAUUGUGAGGAAGACAGACGUCAGGAGAGAGACCCAGCCUAAUGGGUCAGAAGUCACAACGACCAUAGUGGAAUUCACAGAUCAGGAUCACGGUAUGACUGGUCUGAGCGAGGUCUCUUACUCCACAAGACAGAGCGUGUCUCCUGUACAUAUGGGAAGUCUUGGUAAAGAGAGAACUGGAUCUCCCAUCCUCGUCACUGAAAAUGUUACAUCGGCAACCACACAAGUUACCAAGACGGUGAAAGGGGGCUACUCAGAGACCAGGAUUGAAAAAAGGAUCAUCAUUACAGGGGACGAUGAUGUGGACCAAGAGCAGGCUCUGGCCAUUGCAAUCCAAGAGGCCAAGCAGCAGCACCCAGACAUGCAGGUGACCAAGGCGGUGGUUGUCAGGGAAACAGAAUCUUCUUCUGAGGAACGGCACGGAUCAGAGGUACAAUGGGCCAUCUUUGCUACUUUAAACCUGCAUGCAAGAAGGCAGCUCAAAUAA